GUUCGAGAGCAUGCGCACAACCGCAGCUAGAGAACUCUAUUCCUCCUGUCACAACAUAGAGGGGCAAAACGACAGCCGUGUGGGCCUCGAAUAUAUCUGCUGAAGACAUAGAAUGUGAUUGGAAUGGAAACUGGGAGACUGAGUCCCUGAUUGGCCGAAGGACUGGGCAGGUGCACAUACCAAACGAAUCGAUCCUGUCUCUAAUGAUGCAGGCAGAGGAUAGGAAGAAAAUAAAACUGAGUGUGAGUUCCAGCAAAGGCGUGGCGGAGGAAUAUUGUCUAAGAGAGCGACCAAAAGAGGACGCAGCAAAAAUGAAGAACAAAGUGACCAGCGCUCAAGCAGUGAGCGGUAAGAGGAAGGCCUGGUCGUGGGAUCAGUACCUGGGAGAGGAGAAGGCCAUAGCAGUUCCCCUCAGACUGUUCACUGAGGCCCAGUCAUUCCCCCCCAGCAGAAGUGGCUUCAAGGCUGGGAUGAGGCUGGAGGGGAUCGACCCUCUCCACCCAUCCAUGUUCUGCGUCCUGUCUGUGGCAGAGGUGAUUGGCUACCGAUUGCGUCUCCACAUCGACGGCUACUCUGAAUGCUAUGACUUCUGGGUAAACGCCGACUCUGCCGACAUCAGGCCAGCCGGAUGGUGUGAGUCGACAGGACACAAACUCCACCCACCAAAAGGCUACAACGAAGUCGAGUUUAACUGGGAGAAAUACCAAGAGUCUUGCAAUGCUCCAGCUGCACCACAGAAUCUGUUUAAAUCCCAUAGCAGUACCACGAGCACCACUAAGUUUCAGGUGGGCAUGAAACUGGAGGCAGUGGACAGGAAGAACCCAUGCCUGGUGUGUGUGGCCUCAGUGGCCGACAUCGUGGACAAUCGCUUCCUGGUUCACUUCGACAACUGGGACGACACCUACGAUUACUGGUGUGAUGCCAGCAGCCCUUACAUCCACCCAGUGGGCUGGUGCCAGGACCACGGACGACCUCUCACUGCACCUCAGGGACACCCCAACCCAGAACAUUUCCUGUGGGAGGAGUACUUAGAAGACAAUGGUUCCACGGCGGUUCCAAGCCAGGCUUUCUGUAUGAGAGCUCCUCACAGUUUCCAGGUGAACAUGAAGCUGGAGGUGGUGGACAGGAGGAACCCCAUGCUGGUCCGUGUGGCUACCGUCUCAGACACUGAGGACUACAGGGUCAAGAUCCGUUUUGACGGCUGGCACGAGAAGUUUGACUUCUGGGUGGACUCUGACCUGCCGGACCUUCACCCUGUGGGCUGGUGUGCCCGAACAGGCCACACCCUGGAACCCCCCCUCUCACAUGCAGGACCUUCUGACCUUAAGAGCUCUGUGACCCAGGGAGUGUGCCCCACUCCGGGCUGCAGGGGCAUGGGCCACAUCAAAGGGGCCAAAUACACAGGACACCACAGUGCCUUCGGCUGUCCCUACUCUGACAUCAACAUGAAGAAGGAGGUCGUGCUGCCUGACCGGCUGGGUGGCGAGAAGCAGAUCACCUUUGUCCCUGUACACUUUGUCCAGAAGACCAAGAGGCUGUGCACCGCCGACGACCAGGAGGAAGCCACGCCACCUCGGGAUGUUCCCAUGGAGACCAGGGCAACGCUGUCGGGUUACGAGGGGGCUGCUCGUCUCAGAGGUCGCCCCCCAGCCAACCCCCUAGUGAAGAGAGAGCCCAAGGAGGAACCAGCCACGGCUCAGGGACAGAAACUGCUCUCUCUGGGGAAGAGAGGCCGGCUACCCAGCAGGCUCACAACUAAAUAUCUGCGAGUCAAGGAGGAGGAUGAAGAGAUUGACUUGAAUAGCAUGAUCGAAGAGCGCGGUCUGGACAGCCUGCAGCAGGCCCUCCACCAGUCUGUGUUCCUGUCGGCCAUGUCGGCCCAACCCGGACGGGACUUACCCCUGUGCUGGGAGCAGCACUGCAAGCUGCUGCCUGGGGUGGCUGGAUUGCAGGCCAGCUGCGUGGCCCACUGGACCGCGGACGAGGUGGCUGACUUCAUCCACUCUCUCCCCGGCUGCGAUGAACAAGCCAAUCAGUUCAAAGAGGAGCAAAUUGACGGGAAGGCCUUGUUGCUGCUGACCCAGCGGGACAUUGUCAAGAUCAUGAGCGUAAAACUCGGCCCCGCCCUCAAGAUCUACAACUCUAUCCUGAUGUUCAAGCACGCUGAGAAUAACCAAUCGGCAGCCGACAACGCCAACACAUGAAGCAUCGAAAGCCACACCCACCAGGCCCAUCUUAUGUGUCUGUCAAACACAUAGUUUUACUGUGUCGAUUCAUUCCAAGACCCCCCCCCCCCCCAAACCCAACCCUCUUGCCUCUGGUCCUUCUCUUUGGCCUAAAGGACUUCAACUUAAACUAAAGCUGAUACAUGAUCUGUCCAGACCUAUGGACUUUCAGGUUCCAGUGUGUGUGUGUAUGUGUGAGUGUCUCUCUUGGACACAGCCUCCAAAUCUGCCUUUAAUACUCAAACGUAGGUGUCAUGAAGGUUAACUUGACAAAACCCACAUUUCCAGGUAUAUAGCACAGUUUUCUAUGUAUUUUACGCUGUAACUUCUCCCUGCUUUACUUUCCCCUAAAGAAGUGACAAUCACCACCAACAGUACAAAGCUGUGUACUACAUCAUGACAAACCUGUGCUUUUUCUGGGUCAUCACGGUGCUAUGUGUAUUCCGAAUAGAAAAACUGUCUACGUCGCAGUACAGAAUUGACCUCUGGUACCAAUUUAUGAUCUCUGUCUACCGACUCAAACUGGGAUACAUACGGUCAACGUUUCAGCCAUUUUGAUUCUAUUAUGUAUGAAUGUUAAUUAUGAUAUGUCACAGUACCUGUGUGGACUCACCUAUAUUUAUUGUGAAAAAUAUCUAGGUGUUUGCAUAGUUAAAGGAAAUUAAUAUAUUAUCUAUGAGCAAAUUGUUUUUGAAAUACCAAAAGGGUUUUUGUUUUACUUUUUAAAUUCAGAAUUUAUUUUAUUUGAUAAUAUAUUGCACAUUAGAAGAAUGAAAAAUAACUUACGUUUUGGUAAAUGUAAAACCAUGGGAUAGUUUUGAGCUGAAGAUAAUCUAAAUAAGUAUCAUUUCUGUUAUUAUAAUGUUAUGGUAGUUAAGAUAUCUUAGUCUUCUUUUUUGUGGAAACUGCAACUCUAGAGUCAAUAAACAUGUUUUAUCUUUAUUUACCUUUUGAUCCAUACUCGUAGACCAGGACCAAUAUUGUCUUUUUAGAUUUUACAUUUUGCUCUCCUUUUUUACCAUUCGGGUAAGUUUUCUCACAGUCACGAUAGGUUGAAGGUGUUAUCUUAUUAUCAAAGCACAGCAUACUUGUUCUUCUGCACAAUUUAAAGAAUUUGAUCUUAUAUUUUGCUAUAACUUGGAAUUUAAGCUAUAUGUUGAAACAAAUGCUCUAUAUCAUUUGCUCUCUAGUCUUCAUAUAAAUGUUGCUACUAAAAUGCAACCAAACUCCAUUGAAACUUCAGGAAUAUGAAGAAACGUUUUACUGUACUUUCUGCUUUCAAUCCCAAAAUGUUGAGCAGAAACAGAAACGUAUGUUUUAUUCUGAUGCCGCUUGUCUUUCUUACUGCUGUAACGUGCAAGACUGCUGUUUAGUGCAUAGAAUAUACCGCUACAUUUGGGUGCGACCUCCGGUAUGGAGGUAGAUAUCCGCCAAAACAUAUUUAGGAGACUCACAAUCUAUUUUGGGUGAUAUCUACCUUCAUAUAUCGACCCCUUAUCUAUGAAAAUGACAACUUAUUUAACCGUGAAGAUGGACUGUACAUAUUUGUAAACCCUGUUUCUUACACUGAAUUUACACUUUGUACAACUCGAUGGAUUAAUAUCACAUGAUUUCACAACCCAAAUAAACAGUGCAAAGUC